UUUUCCUUUGCACAGGUUUUGAUAAAUCUCCCCCAAUGUGACUCCAACAGCCAGGAAUGCAAGCAAGGACGUGUUGUGAACUGUUAGUGUAAAGUCUGCAACAGAAAAGCAGCAACAAAUCUACAUGAACCUCUGAGUAUGAUCUUACAGUUAUAGGGGUUCCAACAUCAGGUUAAAGACACGGAGCAUGCAUGAUGACGUCUUUCAGCGGCCUGACGAAGCACCUAAUGGCGUGAUACGGUCUGUGGCCCCGACGUCUGAGCUCCCCCCGGAGUCAUCCGCCGCCUCCCUGCUGGGACCGACUAGGAUGAACAGAUUCGAAUUGAUGUGCCUGUCACCUGAAACGGAUGCAGUGCGCCCUAAGACAUUACAUCACUCAUCAGGUGUUCAAAGGGAGCCUGUCUUCAAUGGGUAGAGAGACCGCUAGCGCUGGAGUCCCUGCUCAGCGGACCACCAUUCACUGAGUAACUGCCACAGCACUAGGAAGCGGCCGCAGCGAGUGAUCUGCAUAUCCCCGCUCCCGCAAUCCCACAUCCCCGCUGCUGUCAACUCCUCCAUCCAGGGCCGGACGCAGCACCAAGCCACCUGCCACCAUAGAGCUACGUGCGAGGAUAUCCACAACAAAGAUGGAACAAAUACCUAAGAAGACUGCAGGUGGCAACUGGGCAUGGUGGGCAAGUGUGGAAAAGGCAAGUGCGUGAUCAAAUAUGGAGAUGGUGCCAAUGGUCACUGUCGAGAGUGUAAGGAACAAAUCAGCACCUGAGUGGCACAUGAUGAGUUCUUUUCCACAGAGUUGGUUAAAUACAUGGAGCAACGUGAUGACGUGUGUACGCCCUGACAAAGCGCCGUUUGGCAUGAUACUGUCCGUGGCCGGCAUCUGAGCUCCCCCUGUUCCAUCCACCGCCUCCCUGCCGAAGACGUAUGCCCCAUUGGUGAUCAGCUGUAUAUUAAAACCGGAUGUAAAUGAGACAUCACCCCAUUGUUUGAAUGAGAAGAGUAAGGUGUUUGGGUUUACUAGGAGAGCUUCAAAACAAACCUCUACAUGUGUCUUCUGUAUGUCCCAUGUUCCAGUGGCCCUCUGCAUGGUCUCAUCCAUGUCUGUUAUCCCAUCAGACUAUCAGCAGCCAGAAGGAGUCCAUAUUCCUGGAGACGUCUCACCCUCAGCACUACAGCAGCUUGAACUCAAAUUAAGAUCCUGUGGAAAUGACAUUAAAAACAUCCCACGGAAGGAACUUUAUAAAUUAUUUAUUUGUAUCUUACAUUACAAGACUUGUAACAGCAGAUCCAACUCUUGAACAUGCUACUCAGUCCAAUUUUAUACAGAGACGGUUAAGAGGCCAUGAACGUAGAGAGAUCCAAAAAGAAAUUUUAUCCGUCUUGGGAUUGCCACAUAGACCAAGACCUCACUUACAGGAGAAACCUAAAUCCGCUCCAAUGUUUAUGAUGGACUUAUAUAAUUCAAUGAAUGUCAGAGAAGAACAAAAUGUGGAGAUUCCAUUAUUUAAACAAUUUUUCAUGGAUGAAGAACCUUCAUUUGUUAGUUUACAGGAAAACCACUUUCUUGCUGAUGCUGAUCUAGUAAUGAGUUUUGUCAACUUGCAAGAGAAUGACACUGAAGUUUGUCACCAGUGCUACAGUAAAGAGCUGAGAUUUAAUCUUGCAGACAUACCUGCGGGGGAACAGUUAACAGCUGCGGAGCUAAGAAUCUAUAAAGAACAAAUCCCCUGCAAUGAAUCAUACCAGAUAAGUGUCUACCAGGUGAUUCAAGAACACCCAAGUACAUUGCGUAGGCUUAACACAGAAAUUAUCUACGGAUCCGACCUUGGGUGGUUGACCUUGGACAUUACUGCAUCUAGGAAUGAUUGGGGACUAAAUCCACAGUACAGUCUUAACCUACAACUGGUGAUUGAGACUAUGGACAAGAAAAUAAUUCAACCAGGAUUUGUAGGUUUAGUUGGCCGAAAUGGUUCACAGGAGAAGCAGCCAUUUAUAGUGGCUUUUUUUAGAUCAGAAACUAUCCACCUUCGUAGUGUACGGUCUACCAGUGGAAAAAAUUGGAAUCAAGACAAAGCUAAAGGAUCUAAAGAACAUGAAGAGCUACCAUUAGGUAAUGUGACAGAUGGUUUCAUGAGUAGUAGCCCUCUUGGUGGUCGGCGUUACUUAAAACAGGCUUGUAAGAAGCAUGAACUAUAUGUGAGUUUCCGUGAUCUUGGUUGGCAAGAUUGGAUCAUUGCCCCAGAAGGUUAUGCUGCUUACUACUGUGAUGGAGAAUGUGCUUUUCCACUGAACUCGUACAUGAAUGCCACCAACCAUGCAAUUGUCCAAACUCUGGUUCACUUUAUUAAUCCAGAGACUGUCCCUAAACCGUGUUGUUCCCCUACAGAACUCCAAGGAAUAUCAGUCUUGUAUUUUGAUGAUAGUUCCAAUGUUAUAUUAAAGAAGUACAGAAACAUGGUGGUUCGAUCCUGUGGCUGUCACUAGACCUCCAGAGAAGGCUUGCUAUGUCAUUGACCUUUUAAAAUGUUAAAUAGUUUUUCAUUGAAAUAUGAUGUUCUAUCACAGGGACCACUGUUUUCAGUCCCCUUACAGAUAAUUUCUGCCACAUGUAUCCCUUUCUCAAGAAGAAGACUGGAACUUAGCACAAGUAGGUGGGAAAACAUAUUCAUUCUUCCUUAUUCUGAUUCCCCUCUUGAUCAAAAAGACAUCCUGGAGAGAGGAUUUUAAGAACAUUGAGCUAAAACCGAGAUGAAAGAAAAAAAAAAAAAACACUCCAACUGUGACAUUUUUGUUUAAUCUUUCCACUAUAAAUGAAGUCACUUUCUAGUACUCUAGGUUACAGAUGAAUGUGUAUUGUGUUUUUA